AUGUUAAGACUACAUAAAUUUCGCAGUAUUGUCUCCAAUCAAACGAAAACGGGAAUAAUUUCAUGCGCCAAUAAAAAGUAUUUUAGUACUGAAGGGGAUUUGCCUAAACAGGCGGAUGUUGUUGUUGUGGGUGGCGGUGUCAUAGGCUCCAGUAUACUAUACCAUUUAUCAAAACUAGGAGUAAAUGCUAUUCUUCUUGAGAAAAAUAAACUAACUAGUGGAACAACAUGGCACAGUGGCGCUUUGGUGUGGAGUUUGAGAGCGACAGACGUGGACAAUGUGAUGUUAAAGAAAACCAGAGAUCUGCUGGCGGGCUUAGAAGCAGAAACUGGCGUCAAUCCCGGAUGGACACAGUCAGGAGGAAUUUUUAUUGCUAGGACUCCUGAGAGGUUGGAGGAAUAUAAACGUUUUCAUACACUUGGACAUUUAUUAAAUAUAGAAAGUCAUAUAAUAUCUCCAACUGAGGCAAACAAAUUGGCAUCAAUUCUGGACCCAAAAGCGUUCUACGGAGCACUCUGGUCCCCCAGUGAUGGACAUUGCGAUCCUUCGAUGUAUUGUGCGGCAUUAAUCAAAGGAGCAAAAAAUCGGGGAGCUCAGGUAUUUGAAGAUACCGCAGUUACAAAAGUAUUGACCGUGCCAACACCAAACAAUGAAAAAAAAGUAACCGGAGUAGAAACAUCAAAAGGUGUAAUAAAAACAAAUAUUAUGGUCAAUGCAGCUGGGGCUUGGGCUCGACAUAUAACUCAAAUGGUCGAUUUGGACCUUCCCUUAACUCCGAUGAAGCAUGCUUACGUAAUUACAGGAUCCAUUCCCUCAGCCAAAGGUACACCCAGUAUUAGAGAUCACGAUGGUUGUCUUUACUUUAAAUCGCAAGGAGAUUCGAUUGUCUUUGGAGGUUAUGAACCAAAUCCGGAAAUUCUUCAAGAGCUACCAGACGAUAAAUUUCAUCUUUACGAGUUGGACAUGAGCCUUUUUGAUCAACACUGGAAACAUGCUUGUGAACUUUGCCCAGAAUUUGAGAAAGCUGGUAUAAAAUCCGACAUUUGUGGUCCAGAAUCAUUUACACCCGAUCACAAACCAAUAUUGGGAGAAGAUCCAAAAUGUGUAGGUUUGUUCCAUGCAAAUGCUUUUAAUUCACUUGGAAUAAUGCUUAGUGGAGGUGUUGGAGAUCAGAUGGCUAAUUGGAUAGUCUCUGGCCGGCCCAAUUUGCCUCUCUAUGCUUACGACAUCAGAAGAUUCACGCCGGUACAAAGACAAGAUCGUGCUUGGGUCUUGGAACGUACUCAUGAAGGAUACGCAAAAACAUAUAGUAUAACUUAUCCCCAAGACCAACCGUUCGCGGGAAGAAAUCAUAGGACUGACCAAUUUCAUGAGGCUCUUGUAGCAAGUGGGGCUGUCAUGGAAGAAGCUUUAGGUUGGGAAAGACCGUCUUAUUUUGUAAAAGAUCGUACUGCUCCUGUUAAACCUUAUGAUUGGUAUGGCUAUUACGAUCAUGUCCUUAAUACUGACACGCGCUAUAAAAAAGAGUUGGAGAGUGAACUUACAUAUGGAUUUUCUAGAAGCCACGAUCUAGUUAAAGAGGAGGCUUUGGCUGCGAGAAAUAACGUAGCUAUGUUUGACCUCACUUGCUAUGCUAAAAUGUAUCUAGCGGGACCAGACGCAGAGGAAGCAGCUGAUUGGUUGUUUACUGCCAAUGUAGAUAGGGCACCAGGAAGUAUUAUUUAUACAUGUUCCUUAAAUUCAAGAGGUUAUGUUGAAUCAGAUGUGACUGUAAUUCCACUUGAAGAAGGCGCUGGAACUUUAGUCGGUCCAAUUUUGAAAGGAAAAGGAUAUUAUAUUGUAGCAGGUGCUAAAUCUGGAUAUCAAACUAAAGCUCAUUUUAGAAAGCAACUCUAUAAGAAGAACUUUAAGAGUCUGGUAACUGAAAUGACAAAUAGGAUAGGAAUUCUCUCUAUACAAGGACCAAAAAGUGGCGAAUUACUUCAAUCGAUAACUGAAUUCCCUAUAACUAACGAAAAGCUUCCAUAUGGAAUGUCUAAAAUUUUUAAAAUCAAUGGCAUACCUGUAGAGUCCUAAGGAUAAGUUAUAUUGGAGAAUUAGGUUACGAAAUCCACAUUCCACUUGCUUCCUGUAUCCCUGUAUAUAAUAAAAUUAUGGAAGCGGGAAGAGGAUUUGAUUUAAAGCAUGCCGGAUUUAAAGCAUUGGAAUCGUUAAGUUUAGAAAAAGGCUACCAUCUUCUUAACCACGAUCUAAGGCUAGACGAUAAUCCAAUAGAAGCUGGUUUGGGCGCUUUUUGCAGAAAAGAUGGACAAUACUUAGGAAAGCAGGCGGUAGAAAAAUUCAAACAAGGUGUUACAAAGCGAAGAGUAUUCUUUACGUUACAAGAACCGGUAGCUAUUUAUGGCAAUGAAACUAUUUGGAGGGAUGACGUCAUCGUAGGAAUAUUAAGGAGAGGAGAUUAUGGAUUCAGCCUCGACAGCACGAUUGGUACAGGGUAUGUUGAACAUCCAAAGGGAAAAGUAAUUGACAAUGAAUUCCUUAAGAACGGUACCUAUCACAUUGAAGUCAGGAAUAAAAAGUAUCCUGCUUCACUAUAUUUGAGAAGCCCAUUUGAUCCAAAGAAUUUAAGAUUAAAGGGCAUAUAUGACAACCAAUUGGAGGAGCAAAGCCAUUUUGAAGACUGA